AUGUCUAGUAAGUGUGCUAGAUGGCUUCAGGAGGAGCUGGAGAACGGGGCCACGGCUCUCCUGCUCCUGGACUGCAGAGCGCAUGAGUCGUACGAGUGCUCCCACAUCGAAUCGGCGAUCAACUUGGCCAUACCGGGCCUCAUGCUGCGCCGGCUGAAGAAAGGCAACCUGCCCAUCCGCUCCAUCAUCCCCAACAACGAGGACAAGGAGAAAUUUGUCAAGCGCUGCAAGACUGAUGUUGUGGUGCUGUAUGAUGAGGCGGCUUCGGAGAGACAGGAGACCGGGCUGGGGAGCUCUGUCCUGGGGCUUCUGCUGCACAAGCUCCGGGAUGAUGGAUGUAAAGCUUUUUACCUGGAGGGUGGCUUCAACAAGUUCCAGUCGGAGUAUCCGGAGCACUGCGAGACCAACCUGGACUGCUCCUGCCCCAGCAGCUCCCCGCCCGCCUCAGUCCUGGGUCUGGGAGGUCUGCGGAUCAGCUCGGACUGCUCGGAUGGAGAAUCGGACCGAGAGCCGGGAAGUGCCACUGAGUCGGAGGGAAGUCCAUUACCCAGCAACCAGCCAGCGUUCCCGGUUCAGAUCCUGCCCUAUCUGUACCUGGGCUGUGCCAAAGACUCCACCAACCUGGAUGUACUCAGUAAAUACAACAUUAAGUACAUUCUCAACGUGACUCCGAAUCUGCCCAACAUGUUUGAACACGAGGGGGAUUUCAAGUACAAGCAGAUCCCCAUCUCGGACCACUGGAGCCAGAACCUGUCCCAGUUCUUUCCAGAGGCCAUCUCAUUCAUUGACGAGGCUCGCUCCAAGAAGUGUGGGAUCCUGGUGCACUGCCUGGCCGGGAUCAGCCGCUCGGUCACCGUCACCGUGGCGUACCUCAUGCAGAAGCUCAACCUCUCGCUGAACGACGCCUACGACUUCGUCAAGCGCAAGAAAUCCAACAUCUCGCCCAACUUCAACUUCAUGGGGCAGCUUCUGGACUUCGAACGGACUCUCGGCCUCAACAGCCCCUGCGACAACCACGCCUCCACUCCGCCGCACGACCAGCUGUUCUUCACCACUCCCACGAACCAUAACGUGUUCCAACUGGACACACUGGAGUCCACAUGA